AUUACCACGAUCCUACCACCCCAAAAAAAUGACCAUAAUAUGUAAUCAAGAACAAAAGUUGCAAUAAAUUUGCCAUCCAAUUCCACCGCAAUGAAAGGCGAGACAAGAGACUACCUUCUGCACCCAAAAGAGACGACCUUAAUUAAUAGCAUGAUCUCUUCUUAACAAUGUGUUUUUUACUUGCAUGAAAACAAGCACAAAACUUGUUCACUUAUACACAAAAAAAAAACAUAAAUAAAAUGACAGUAACUGACACACCAAAGUCUUUGUUAUGUUUUAUGUUCAUAAUUUCCCUAAGCAUUUAUCAUGUAACAUCAUUUUCAGAUCAUUAUGAUGACGUUCAAGAAGAGGCAUGGCUGAAUGAGGAUUAUAGUGCUAGCGAGCUUAACAUGGCCCUAACCCGAAACCGAGCCACGGCAGGAGGCAAGUCAUCGUGUGACUUCACAUUGGGGAAAUGGGUGUUUGAUGAAUCGUACCCUCUCUAUGAUUCAAGCUGCCCUUAUCUUAGUACUGCUGUAACUUGCCUUAAGAAUGGACGCCCGGAUUCGGAUUAUCAAAAAUGGAGAUGGCAACCUUUUAAGUGUUCUAUUCCUAGAUUUGAUGCACUUCACUUCCUGGGAAAGAUGAGGAGAAAAAGAGUAAUGUUAGUUGGAGAUUCAAUAAUGAGAAACCAAUGGGAGUCUCUUGUUUGCCUUGUCCAAGGAGUCAUUCCAACUGGCCGAAAACGGGUGACAUACAAUGGUCCUACAAUGGCCUUCCAUGCCCUGGACUUUGAGACGUCGAUUGAGUUUUCUUGGGCGCCUCUACUAGUAGAACUAAAAAGAAGUCCUCAGCAUAAGCGAGUUUUACAUCUUGAUAUGAUUGAAGAUAAUGCAAAGUAUUGGAGAGGAGUCGAUAUACUUGUGUUCGAUUCAGCACACUGGUGGACACAUUCAGUCAAGUCUAGAGCGUGGGAUUAUUUCAUGGAAGAAAACAGAAUUAUCAGCAAUUUGAAUCCAAUGGUUGCCUACGAGAAAGGACUCACAACAUGGGCUAAAUGGGUAGAUUUAAAUUUAGAUCCUCACAAAACUCGGGUCAUUUUUCGCAGCAUGUCACCCAGACACAACAGGGAAAAUGGCUGGAAAUGCUACAAACAAAAGGAGCCUCUACUAUAUUUCAGCCACCCUCAUGUUGCAGGACCUACUAUGAUCCUCAAAGAAGUUCUAAGAAAGAUGAGAUUUCCGGUAUAUCUGCAAGAUAUUACCAACAUAUCUGGUCUUCGAAGGGAUGGACACCCCUCGGUGUACAGCAGGGAUUUGGCACAAGAAAUAAACCAAAACCUGAAAGAACACAACUCUGACUGCAGUCAUUGGUGCCUUCCUGGGGUUCCUGAUGCUUGGAAUGAAAUGCUAAGUGCAAUUCUCUAGUCAAUGGCAAUUAUUUAUCCAAUAUUGUAAGCCAAGUGAAUCAAUGUUUCUCUAAUUAAUCCUCCGGAAUUAUAAAUUCCUGUCAUUAUAACUCUGA